AUGGACUCUGGCGAUGGCCAGAGAGACUCGCCGCUUUCAAUAACCUCCAAUAUCGCAGGCAUCUUGACCUUUGUCGUUGCCAUUGCUGCAGCGUUCUACGCCCGCCUCACAUAUCUGCGGAACAGUGAUGACGAGUUCUUCCGCGUCAAAACGUCUCUGUCGUGGUAUAAAACCGAAUCCACAUGGCUAGCAGACCUUGUAACAGCUAUCAAUGCCCAGCAUGAAAGUUUCCAUUCGCAUCAACCCGAAUACCAGAUGUAUUCCUUCGUAAUGGACGAUCUGCUUAAUCUUGAACAGCGCCUGCUUGACAUAGUCGCUGAGACAGAGGCCAAGUCGACGAUGAGCGAUGAGGGUGAAAGUUGGACACUCAUGCCGCGGAGUUGGAGUGGCCGCACAACAGUAGCCAUGGCUUGGCUGCGCGUGCGAACAAAGGCUCUGGAGUUGGUCAGACAACGGGAAGGUUUGACAGCGAGGGUGCAGUUUAUGCAAAUGAGUAUGAUCUCCUCUCGGCUGCGGGAUCUUGAAUCGCGGACGAAAUGGCGAGAAAUGAAGAUGGAUGAGAGUUCAAGGAAGCUUGAGUCUCUAAUCGAGAACCAAAGGGAUCGAAUUCAUCGGUUAGAAGACCUCGUAAGACAAUGGUCACAUCGUGAUCAUUCUGGUCUUUCGCGGGCAGGGACGUUGACAGGCCUCGAGUUCAAAGGUGUAGAAUCAGAGAGUUUGGUUGGUGAUGACGGCUCUACUGCAAUGUCUGAGUCGACAGACUUAAGUCCAUUGCGGAGGCCAAUCAAACAAUGA